AAAAAAAAAAAGACAUUUGCACAUUCUUCAAUACCUAUUCAAAUUCAAAAAAUUAUACACUUGUUUUUCUUCUUCUAAGCAUGCCCAGACAAACCUUCAAAACUGAAUAAAGAUCACUUUCCCACAUUCCCAUUUUAGCUAAGUGAGUUUCAAAAAUCCCAAGAGCUAGAUCUAUAUCAUCAAAAUAGUGAAAAGAACCAGAAACAUUUUCUUUCCCCAGGUGCUUGUUCUUGUUUUCACAUAUUUCCAUUUCCGCUUAAUGAAAAAGAUUCAAACUUUUUCUUUCAAUAACUCUCCAAGUUCCAAAGAUGGCUGCUUUCGUUGAAAUCAAACAAAAUCCAGUAAUCUGAAAAUCAUUAUCAAGACAAAUUACAGGAAAACACUAGCAUUUUUUUUUCUCUUUCUUUCUUUCUCAACCACCAUGAUUGCUAGUUGCAAGAAAUCUUCAAUCCCCCGCCAGUCUUCAUACAAUUCCCUUUAUAUGAAUCCACUCAACGAGCUCAGUCACAACCGAAGCAACAGCGAAGGAGGCCGAGUAAUCUCCCUUGGAGACCAUUUGGAACCAAACCAAUUUCUGUUCAAUGACAAUAAGGAAAAUGCUGUGCCAAACAAGCAAGAAGUCGAUGAAUUUCGGUGUGACAAAGAAAAUAUUGCAGUUCCGGCUAAUGGGUCUUCUUCUUCUGUCACAACCAGGAAGUUUUCCAAUCUGAAAUCUUAUUCCACAGGCUGCAGGGCCUUGAAGCCUUCCUCGCUUCAGUUUUGUAUGCAGAUAAACGAGCCUGAUAAGGUUUUUGGUGCGUCCAAAAUAUGGGACCCAAGUGAGUCAGAGAACUCUAGCUCCUUGAAGAUCUGGGACCAUUCUGAUUCUGAAGCUGCUCCUGCUUCUUCUUGGACGACUCUUCCUAACAAGUCUUUACUGUGUAGACCAUUGCCUCUGGACAUUGGAAGGUGCACUUGUGUUAUUGUGAAGGAAGCACCCCCUGAAGGAUUGGAUGGCGGUACAAUCUAUUCUCUCUAUACCAAUGAAGGCCAUGGAAGGCAAGACCGGAAACUAGCUAUCGCCAACCACAAGCGGCGUAAUGGGAAAUCUGAAAUCGCUAUUGCUCAGAAUAUGAAGGGAAUAUCAUAUAGCUCGGAUGAUAGUUUUCUUGGAUUUGUAACUGCUAACCUGAUGGGUUCAAAAUAUCAUAUAUGGGAACAGGGAGGUGGACUAAAUUCCCUUAAAGGACAUUCCAAAGCACUUAUUGCUGUUGUAGAAUUCAUGUCCACAAUUACCACCUGGACAGGAAGUUAUAGGAGCAUGAGGGCAUAUAUAGCCAAGCACCAAUCUAUGCAGCUAAAGAACAAUAAUACACAGGUACAACUCAGUAAGGAACUGCCAAAGGAUUGGAAGGGGAACAAGGACAAACUCCAUCAGUUAUUUUCAAAGGUUCCACAUUACAAUAAAAUUACAAAGCAAUAUGAGUUGGACUUCAGAGACAGAGGAAGAGCUGGACUAAAAAUCCAAAGUUCAGUAAAGAAUUUCCAGCUAACUCUAGAGGAGAAUGGACAGCAGACAAUCCUGCAGCUGGGAAGAGUGGGAAAAUCAAAAUAUGUGAUGGAUUACAGAUAUCCUUUGACAGGCUAUCAAGCUUUUUGCAUAUGUUUGGCUUCCAUUGAUUCAAAACUUUGUUGCACAUUGUAAUAAUCUUGUAGUUCAACCUCUGAACUCAAGCUACCAAGUCUUUUUUAGUCACUAUUUUGUGUAAAAUUAACUAGCCUAAAACAAAUAAAGGAUAACAAUUACUUGAUUUUGAAAAGACUAAUAUAUAUAUAUAUAUAUUAGUCCGGCUCCGAUGAAAAUGUGAAUUUAAAGACACCAUAAAGAUUUAAGCAUA